AUGUACAUCAUAGCUGUCUCGAGGAUCCUCACCAUCCUGUUCAUCAUAAAGAGGGAGAGGAGCUUCCAUGCCCCCAUGUACUAUUUCCUUUGCAUGCUGGCCAUCACCAACCUGGUGUUGUCUACAUCCAUGCUGCCCAAAAUGCUGAGCACCUUCUGGUUCAAUUCGAGGGAGAUCGAUUUCAGUGCCAGCCUCACCGAGAUGUACUUCAUUCACUUGUUCUCGGUGAUGGAGUCUGGGAUCCUCAUGGCCAUGGGUUUUGAUCGCUAUGUGGCCAUCUGUGAUCCCCUCAGACAUUGCACUGUCCUGGCAUACCACAUGGUGGCCAAGAUUGACUUGGCUGUGGUGCUGCUUGGUGGCAUGAUCAUACUGCCUUAUCUCAUCCUGACAAGGCAGUGGCCAUAUUCUGAAACCAACAUCAUACCCGAUACAUACUGUGCACAUACAGCUGUGGUGAAGCUGGCAUGCGCUGAUACCUGCAUCAGUAGUUAUUAUGGCCUCUUUGUGCUAUUCUUUGUAAAGGGUCUGAAUAUGUUUUUUGUUGCCUUGUCCUAUACCCAGAUCCUCAGGGCCAUCUUCAGCUUCCUGACAAAGGAUGCCUGGCUCAAGACCUUUGGGACCUGCAGCUCCCACCUCUGUUCCAUCUUAGCCUUUUUCAUUUCAGCUCUCUUCUCCUCCCUCACAUACUGA